AGAAAAGAACUGGGUUCAGCAUCACCAUGAGCAAGCACCUCUCCUUGGUGAUUCCCGGCGGCGGGCGGCCGCCCCACGAUCUCCUCCUCAGCGACUCGCCGCCGGCUUACACGCCCCGCGCCAGCAACGUCAGCAACCGCAAUAGCAGCAGCAACAGCGGCCCCGACAGCACCAGCACCAGCACCAACACCAGCAGCAAUGGUACUCAUAAGAAGCGCCGCUCGCUCAUCGGCAGCAUCCCCAGCAGCCUCAUCCCCGGCCGCGGCAAGCUGCACAAGCUCUGGCCCGCGGCCGCCGGCGGGUCGUCGCGCAGGCGCCUCUCCAAAACGCACGACGACGGCAACAGCAACAACAACAACAACAACAACAACAACAACGAUUUCACGUGCGACAUGAAGGACUGGAGCCCCAGCGACGUCAGCGCCGUGAUCCGCCUCGCCGGCUUCCAGAUGGGCGCCCUGGCGAGCCCGGCGCCCGCCAACAGCGCCGCAGCCAGCGCUGCUGCCAUGUCGUCUGCGUCGACGACGACUACGACGACGACCACCGCCGUGUUCGUCUCGGGGGCCGCCCGGCGAGGAGGAGGAGGAGGAGGAGGAGGCGAGAAGUGGAUGCGCGACGACGUCGAGGAGCGCCGCAUCGUCAACGCCAGGGCGGAUCAGCACGUUGUGCAUAACUUUAGCAGGCUGCCGUCGUAUCUGUCGCCGCCGCCGCCGCUGCGCGUCAACAGGAAGCCCAUCCCCAGUGGCCUAGACGGGAUGAUGGAGCCUCCAUUUCUGCCUCCGCCUCCGCCUUCGUCUCUGCCGGCCUCCUUCUUGUCCCCUCCCGCCCCUCCCGCCCCUCCGGCGCACGCACCACCGCCCGUCCCGGCGCCGAUGCGGGCCGCACCCUCGCCGCCGCCGUCGCUACCACCGCUGCCAUCACCUCCUCCGCCACUCUUCGCCGAGCUGUCCGCAGACGCCUGCUUCGGCACAUGUGCCGACCCGUCGGAGCAGCGAGACUCGUUCCCCUCGACGCUCCUCCCACCACCAUCACCAUCACCACCACCACCACCAUCGUCAGCGCCCCGGCCGGUGAUAUUGUCCGGGUCGGCGGGGCUUCGACGGGCCAAGACGCCCGUCCGCAAAGUCGGACAGCUCGAGCGCGAGGCGGCGGCGCGGCGGCGGCGCAUGUCGGCCGCCACCGCCGCCGGCGUCAACAGGACAUCCAGCGUCAGCACGAUAGCUCGUCAGUACAGGGACCUGGUCGAGUACCCCGCCCCGGAGGACGAGCCCGACGUGCCCGACGUGCCGCCCAUCGAUCCCAAGUUUCUCCUUCAGCAGCAGCGGCGGCAGUCUGCUCUGGAAGCGGCGGCGGCAGCUCCGCGAUACGACCCCUCCGAGUUUCGCAAGAGCCUGCUGUUCACGCCCUCACCCGUGUCCGAUGACGGCACGCUGGUGACGUCCGAUCAAGACCACGGGGAUGGACACUACUACAACAAUAACAACUACAACUACAACUACACAUAUUCCGGAAACCCGUCGCCCAUGCCGCCCCUCGCAGCACAUGGCUCCAAUUCCCCGCGCAACAGGGACAGCGACGGAUACGGCAGCGCCCCGGAUGCCACCCCCGCCGCGCUGCGCUUCCAGGUCGGCCUCGACUUGCUGACGCGAGAGCUGUCGUCCGCGAUGGCCAGCAACAGCCACAGCAACGAUGACGAUGAUGCCACCGCGGAGGCGUCGCGCUCGGGCAACCGCCAGGGGCUACAGGUCUGGCUCAUGAUCGAGGCGUACGAGCGCCUGCGGGACCAGCUCGCUGCCUCAGGGACGCAAAACGAAGAGGUGCGCAUGGCCAUUGACGCGUGGCUCGAGGCGCUGCACGCGAUCCACAGGAACAUGAUGGUGGUGGUGGAUGAUGGGGGGGCUGCGGACAGUGACAGCGAGUACGAGGACGACGAUGUGGUUUCGCUGAGCGGAGGGGCAUGAAUGAAUCAUGAAUUAGAUUAGUAGGAUUGAUACCCUUUGAUGAUACUUGGGAAAUUUGGGAGGAAACAAGAAUGCUACCUAGACAGCGUAUA